AUGUUUUCUGGUAAUGAGAGUUUAGAAUUCACUACUGCAAUGCAAAAUGAUACAAUGUUUUCAAAUUCUUCAACCACUCCAUUUGCAAAUAACCCUAGAUGCACAUGGAAUCUUGAAAUCGUAGAAUGGAUAAAAUUGACAAUCAUGCUGACAGGUGUCAUAGGAAAUGGAUUGACCUUUCUAGUUAUAAUAGUCAACAAGUCCUUGCACAGUGUAACAUUUGCUACAAUUUGUCUUAUUGCUGUUGCGGAUUUUCUUUAUUGCUUUUCAGCAAUUUUGUGGGAAGUAUUCAUAAUAGGAUUUAUGAACAUCGAACAUAAUUUUCGAAAUUAUGUGCAGUGUAUAAGUUUUAUUUGGUAUAAAAUCAUUACAAAAUUUUUCGGAUAUUUACUGGAUAUAUCGUAUUUAGUGUCUGUUUGGCUUGUUGCAACAUUAUCAAUUUUUCGAUAUAUAAUUAUUGCUCAUCCUUUAAAGUCUAAGCUUAUUCUAAAGAAAUGUGUUGUCGUGUUGACAUUUGUAAUAGUGUGGUUGAUUGCAAUAGUUGGUACCAUCUGGAAAAACGUCAUUGCGCUCAACAAUUCAGUGUCGACCAUAGUUUUGUUCAUGGAAAUAUACAGUGUUCCUUUAAUCAUUAUUAUUAUUUUCCACACACUUAAAUUAGUGUCAAUGAAAAGGAAUCAGUUUGGAAAUAUAGAUAAACAUAGGGCUGCUACUCACAAGGAAACUAUUAAACCAAGAGUUCCAAAUAGUGAAGUUGAAAUCAUCCCUACAUUAAUUUUACGGCCGCCAUCACGAGUUCAUUGGCCGUUAUGGAAUACGCGUGUCACAGAUGAUAUGGGAUGUGUUCCUAAUGUCGUAACUACAAUAUUCUUCCCUUUUCACGAAUUUGACUUACCGAAUUAG